CUCCUGAUCCAACGCUACCUUGACAGACUCGUGCAUUCACAAGCUCAUUCCUUCAGUGCACUACAUCCCACGCGACGAUGGCCUCAGUGGUCGGACUGACGGUAUGGGUCGAGUUGAAGCAUCCUCCUCAGACGAUCGUCUACGGCGUGGUCAAGGCCUUAGUCCCCAACUCGCAUCUCACUCUCGGCAAUGUCUUCUUCCCCAACACGAACACCCGCUGGGAGCACUGGGACGUCCAGGUCACUGCCAUUGAGAACCUUGAAGUCGUCCCACCCAGCGACGUUCCCGCUCCUCCUCCUCCACCAGCGUCGAACUUCCAGCAGCAGUCCCACCCUGCAGCGAAUCAGCAAUCGAACUACAAUCCACAGCAAGACCGCUCUCACCAAGCACCUCAUCAACCUUCCAACCCUUUCCCGCAGCAGCAGCAACCGAUUCAUGCGCCAAUCCCGCAACGAAUAGCUGUCGAGCUGCCCGCGAUCCACCACGCUGAAAGACUGCGAGACGUUCCGCCGCCAGCGCCUACACCGCCCAGACAGCCCUCCGCUUUCGUAGACCCAGCAAUCCUCAGCUAUGGCAACGCCUCGCCGACACGACGUAAGAGCACGCCGCGUGC